GGAACAGAAAAAAAAGAAAAACUAUCUAGUAAGAUGGAAAUCUCUUGCUAAUUAGUUUUCCUAUUUUCUGAAAAACUAAAGCUAAAGAUAUAGAUUAUCAGAUCAACUUCAUUUUCUAUUUGACAAUUAAUUUUCUAUGGUUAACGAAGCCAUUCACCGAGCUAUGGAAGUCUCAAUUUUCCCGCCGUCUGCGAAGGAUAGAGAAGCACAAGAGUUACACAGCGGCAUUCUUGAGAGGCCAUGGUUGGGUCAGUCCUGCGACGAUGCUGCAAUUGCAACAGUUCAGCUUUCAUUGAGAGUAAAAUUACAUACAGUGUCGGAACGACAUGCCCUCAGCAUCAUAUACGUCAAUUCUACAGUAGCAUAUAUUCUGCCAACAAUACAGUGGCAGGGAAAGGUAGAUGAACUAGUAACAACUUAUAACAAACACCUGUUACGCGUGCAAAGAGCACUCUACAUAUGUCGAAAAAAGGAUUUAGCAAAUGAUGCAUACAAAAACGGGCUGCUAGACGGUAUAAUGCGAUGUAGGUUUGUUUGCUGCCAAAUUUCGACAAAAUCAGAAAUGUUUGUGCCAUUUUUGAGUGACAUCAAAAUGAUUCACGGGAUCUUUUGUACAUUACAAGCUGGAGUGGCAUGA